UUCACACACCUAUUCUAUAGUGGAUUUGUGCUGUUUCAGCUGGGCUUUGUAUAACAAGGACAAAAAGCCAAGAAUUGCAUAUGCUCACUUACCAAGUAAACUAAGUUUAAUGACUCUUAAACUAAAUAAAUAGGGUGACAACAUUUAAAUUAGUUUACACAAAUUAGAUUACAAAAACAAGUGUCUGCUUUGUCAGUUCACCAUCAUAUGGAAAUAAAUUCAACAUGUGAUGAAUCUCAUAGGAUAUUACACUGAAACCACACAUUAUUUUAAUUAAGCAUUUACUUUCUAAAGACAGAGUAAUAACUUUACAUGCAGCAGCAAUAAAACAAUUACUGUAGGUAAUGUUUCUGUCAAAAAGCAUUUAAAAGAAUGGAAAUAACGAAAAUCUUUUUUGUAGGUGAGAAAGAAAUAAGGGGGUUCUCAGUGGACAACGUAUAAGGCCCCUCAGUUUUUAAUGUGGCACUGCAGACGACAUCCAAGCUGUGUUCCCCAGUAUGAUUACGCAAAAUGACGAGUUGCUUUCCUGGCUGCCGAUUGGAUGCGCUGUUUAAUGGGGCGUGGUGGAGAAUAAAACCAGGAAGUGUCGUUUCUUACAGUAGUAACAAAGUUAGAAUGUAUUUUCGAGAACAAAACAUGAACCAGAAUAAAGUUAAUACGCAUGCAAACUGUAAAUGUGUCAUAAGAGGAGCAAACCCUCCGCUUGUGUGCUUGUUACAGACAAAAUUAGGCUUUGGCCUACAGUUCAAUGACAGAGCCUUCACGGAGAAAUUAAUAGAUUAUUAGAGAUUUGAAAAAUUAAGAUGUGGGUUAUUUGUUGUUGCUAUUCCAGGUAGGCUUCAGCUUUAUAUAUUCUCGCACACCCUUAAUGGUUUCUAUUUUUCUUACGCUGUGUUAAAAUCUACCACCACCUGGGGACUAUUUUUUUAAUAAUAAAAGUAAUAUUUAGGCCAGGACCUGUUGCCUGUAGCCAUGUAUUCGUGCUACGUGAGCUGUCAGAAGGUUGACACCCCACUUUGAUAUUUAUGUUAGCUCCUGUGCAUGUACUGGGUCCACACUGCGAGCUGUGGUUAAAGGAACAGCCAACAAGCCAAAAAAACAUCGCACCCCGGGAGCUACCGAGAGGACGGUAGCAUGAUAGUCGUGGAGGGGAAUCGGCAGGAAGAGGGCCCGUAUCUGCAUUUCACUUCGCCUACACCAAGUUCAUUGAGUCGGUAACCAGCGUCCCGACAUGGGGAAGGAGGUAAAUGGUGUUUCCCGGAGCCGGUUUGAGAUGUUCACAAACAGUGAUGAGGCGGUCAUCAAUAAGAAGUUGCCUAAGGAGCUGUUGCUACGAAUCUUCUCCUUUCUGGAUGUGGUGACACUCUGUCGCUGUGCCCAGGUCUCACGGUCCUGGAAUGUUCUGGCCUUGGAUGGCAGCAACUGGCAACGGAUCGACCUCUUUGACUUUCAGAGGGACAUCGAGGGCCGGGUGGUGGAGAACAUUUCAAAGCGAUGUGGAGGGUUCCUUAGGAAGCUGAGCCUGCGGGGUUGUCUGGGUGUGGGUGACAGCGCCCUGAGGACUUUCUCUCAGAACUGCAGAAACAUCGAGCUGCUUAGUCUGAAUGGCUGCACCAAGAUUACUGACAGCACGUGUAACAGCCUCAGUAAGUUCUGUCCAAAGCUGAAGCACCUGGACCUUGCCUCCUGUACCUCAAUCACCAACCUGUCACUCAAAGCUCUCAGUGAGGGUUGUCCCCUGCUGGAGCAGCUCAACAUCUCCUGGUGUGAUCAGGUCACCAAGGAUGGCAUACAGGCCCUGGUGCGUUGCUGUCCUGGACUUAAAGGCCUUUUCCUCAAGGGAUGCACACAGCUAGAGGACGAGGCUCUGAAGCAUAUCGGGGCUCACUGUCCAGAGCUGGUCACACUCAACUUGCAGACAUGCUCACAGAUCACAGAUGAGGGUCUCAUCACAAUUUGCCGGGGUUGUCACCGCCUGCAGUCUCUGUGUGUGUCGGGCUGUGCCAAUAUCACAGACGCCAUCCUGCACGCUCUGGGACAGAACUGCCCCCGCCUCAGAAUAUUAGAAGUGGCUCGCUGCUCUCAGCUUACAGAUGUGGGCUUCACUACAUUAGCAAGGAAUUGUCAUGAACUUGAGAAGAUGGAUUUAGAAGAAUGUGUGCAGAUCACAGAUGGAACACUCAUCCAGCUGUCUAUCCACUGCCCUCGUUUGCAAGUCCUGAGUCUGUCUCACUGUGAGCUGAUCACCGAUGACGGCAUCAGACACCUCGGCAGCGGCCCCUGCGCUCACGACCGUCUGGAGGUGAUUGAGCUGGACAACUGCCCCCUGAUCACCGAUGCCUCACUGGAGCACCUGAAGAGCUGCCAUAGUCUGGAUCGCAUCGAGCUCUACGACUGCCAGCAGAUCACCCGCGCAGGCAUCAAGAGACUAAGGACCCAUCUGCCUAACAUCAAAGUGCAUGCAUACUUUGCUCCCGUCACUCCGCCCCCCUCCGUCGGGGGCAGCCGUCAGAGGUUUUGCCGCUGCUGCGUCCUGCUAUGAUGUAAAGACAACAACCCCCCCCUCCUCUCCCUGUGUCCCUCGUACACGCUCCCCGCAGCCCGUCACUUGACCCCUGACCUGCUGUCUCCCUCCCGGCGCCCUGUCAUAGAGUACGUGCUGGUGUAUGUCCCCUUCCCUUUGGAGCUGCAGAGAGAGGGAGAGAGCCAAAACACACUACACGGUCUUGGGUAACUUUCCCCCAGAAAACAUUCCCGAAUCUCUCCACCGCACACGGACAGCUCAUACACAACAGGCUUUCUGAUAUGCACACACAGAUUAACUCUCAGAAGAAUAUCAGAACAUUCCUGGUCAGUGGACAAACCAGUAUUACAAGAGGGUUGUGUAAAAAUCAGAUGUGAUCAUCACUGUUAAGGGAUUUAACUCUUCAUCAAAUUGUGUAUUUGAGGGGAGUGACGCAAUUCAGUUAUUUAGCACUUUUAGACAGAUUACAGUCGCAGCCUUUAAACAGAAUAUUGAAAAGGUUAAAAAAAAAAAUCCCUCUAACUUCUCACACAUAUUUCCCUCGCCAUUGAAGGUCACUUAACAGCUACCUCUAGACGGGAACUGCACUCGAGUAAGACCUGUUUAGCUUCGCUCUGCAAGCUGUUUAUUUCAAGAAGGGGCAGCGAUGCAGCCGAUAAACUGCAGACACCCCCGACACACACACAGGACGCAGCAGAAAGCCUUUUUUGUGUGAUUAAAAAAAAACAAACUUGCAGCUAUUUGCACUUAUCGUAAAGCAAUGAUGAGACACUUUACAAAGACAACCAUCUCAGAAUUUAAGACUGGCAUCGUACUAACAACACACACACAAGUCUUCACGCACACACUGAGCUUGCACCACCUGUACCCUCACCUCUCUCUGUCUCUCUGUUACAAUCAGAAGCUUCAAUAUACUGAAGAGAAAAAAAAGAAGAGAAAGUUUAAUAUUUUUCUAAACAAAAAAAAAAAAAAGGACACCAAUUCAGA